CAAUGAAGAGUUGUUAGUGUUGUCGCCAUGUCGAGAAGACGCUGUUUUCUUCGCUGUAAAAGCAAAACCUCUUUGUUUGGACUUCCAAAGGCAGACGAUUUGAAGAAUCAGUGGUUAAAAUUUAUUUAUAGCACUAUUCCUCAGCAGUACAGCCCCAACCUUUUGUUGUGUUCCCUUCAUUUCACUGAGGACUACUUCCUGAACCGUGCAGAGUUCAAUGCCGGAUUUUCAAGUCGGUUACUCCUGAAAAAAGGUGCAGUUCCAACUUUGUUGGCGCAACCUGGCGCUUCAGGAUCACAACCUAUGUUCAGCGUGAGAGAGCAGGUGGAUGUGAUUCAUGCUGGAGAACAGCAGAUGCUGCAGACACCAGUGAAGAUUGAAGUGAAGCUGGUGGACUGCAUGAACCUGAUGAAGAUGAGAGGAGAAACCACAGCAGAGGAACAAAAGCGUGAUGAAGAUAACAAUGAUUUUAUUCAUUCAGAGCUGAUACAAGUGCAAGAGGAAAGUCAAGAGCUGUAUGAAGUGGAGGAGAAACUUCAGUUUCAGAAACAUCAUGAUUUCACAACUGGAGAAGAAUCUUCAAGUUGCUCACCAAAAGAUCCUCAAAGAAGAGCAACCAAAGAUUCUUUAACCUGCUCUCAGUUUGGAAAAUGUUUAACGUAUAAACAUAAUCAUAAUAAGCAGACAAGUGUUCACACAGGAGAAAAACCUUUCACCUGCCAUCAGUGUGGAAAGGGUUUCAAAAGUAAAUAUUAUCUUCGAGAACAUGAAAGAGUUCAUACUGGAGAAAUUCCUUUCACCUGCCAUCAGUGUGGAAAGGGUUUCACAAAUAAAUAUAGUCUUAAAGUACAUGAAAUUGUUCAUACUGGAGAAAUGCCUUUCAUAUGUCAUCAGUGUGGAAAGGGUUUCACUCAAAAAGGACAUUUUAUUGAACACAUGAAAAUUCACACUGGAGAGAAGCCUUACAUGUGCCAUCAGUGUGGAAAGAGUUUCGCAUCUGCAACUACUUUCAAGAAUCAUCUCCGCCGUCACUCUGGAGAACGGCCAUUUGAAUGUGAUCAUUGUGGUAAAACAUUUGUUUUGAGUUCAGACCUAAACCAACAUCUUAAACGGUACACAAAUGAGAAGCCACACAAAUGUUCUUUUUGUGGAAAGAGUUUUGCAGGCCUGUGCUUUUUGAAUGCGCACCAGAAACGACAUACCGGCGUGAGGCCUCAUAAGUGCUUUGAAUGUGGAAAAACCUUUACAGCAGUUUCCAACUUGGAAAAGCACCAAAGAAUUCAUACUGGAGAAAAACCAUACAAGUGCUCAUACUGUGGAAAGAGUUUCACUGUGUCACAAAGCUUGAAAGCACAUGAGAGAAUCCAUACUGGAGAAAAACCAUACAAGUGCUCACACUGUGAAAAGAGUUUCACUAUUUUAAAAAACCUGAAAACACACAAGAGAAUUCAUACGGGAGAGAAGCCUUUCAAGUGCUCGCACUGUGGAAAGAGUUUCACUCAGUCACAAUAUUUUAUUGAACACAUGAGAAUUCAUACUGGAGAGAAGCCUUACAUGUGCCAUCAGUGUGGAAAGAGUUUCGCAUCUGCACCAAUUCUCAAGGAUCAUCUCCGCCGUCACUCUGGAGAACGGCCAUUUGAAUGUGAUCAUUGUGGUAAAACAUUUGUUUUGAGUUCAGGCCUAAACCAACAUCUUAAACGGUACACAAAUGAGAAGCCACACAAAUGUUCUAUUUGUGGAAAGAGUUUUGCACGCCUGUGCUUUUUGAACGCGCACCAGAAGAUACAUGCUGGCGUGAGGCCUCAUAAGUGCUUUGAAUGUGGAAAAACCUUUAGAGCAGUUUCCAACUUGGAAAAGCACCAACGAAUUCAUACUGGAGAAAAACCAUACAAGUGCUCACACUGUGAAAAGAGUUUCACUGGGUCGCAAAGCUUGAAAACACACGAGAGGAUCCAUACUGGAGAAAAACCAUACAAGUGCUCACACUGUGAAAAGAGUUUCACUGGGUCACAAAGCUUGAAACUGCAUGAGAGAGUUCAUACUGGAGAGAAACCUUACAAGUGCUCGUACUGUGAAAGUAGUUUCACUAGGUCUAAAAGCUUGAAAACACAUGAGAGAAUUCAUACUGGACAAAAACCUUACAAGUGCUCAUACUGUGGAAAACGUUUCACUCGGUCAGAUAGCUUGAAAUCACACAAGAGAAUUCAUACUGGACAAAAACCUUACAAGUGCUCACACUGUGGAAAGAGUUUCACUGUGCCACAAAGCUUGAAAACGCACGAGAGAACCCAUACUGGACUAAAACCUUACAAGUGCUCACAAUGUGGAAAGAGUUUCACUCGGUCAUACAACCUGAAAACACAUGAGAGAAACCAUCCCACUGCUCGUCAUGUUUCCACAGAGCAGAUCAUGUAGUUACUCGUAUGAAAAGUUGUUGCCCAAAGUUCGUCUCCAGGUCAAAUUUAGCUUAAAACAUAUUCACAAAACUGCCAAGAGCAAGUUUUACUAAGGAUAUCUUAAAUGUAAGUGUAAUGCGAAGUUGACCAAUGGAUGACGUCAUGUUUUAUGAGCACGCUCUCUUAAAGGGUCACGACACCCCUGUGCCAGCACAGUUGAGUUCUCCCCACAUUUAAAAAAGAAAAGCCAGCCAAAGUAGGCAUGAUCGGUAGCAGAGUGAGAGGAGAAAGGGAAGUGAGCACAACUGUCUGAUCCAGUCUCUCAGCAUUAUUUCACUAAUGUGGUUAACAGCAUCAGAGAUUCUCACAAUUGCUCGUAACAAAGGCCCUGUUUUCACUUGGAAUUAAAAUGCGACUUGUAUCUGGUUGUUGGCUAAUGACACGCUGGCUGUUUUUCCCCUUUGUAAGUGUUCUUCUGUUGCUGUCUUGGCCAUUUAAUGAAAUAUUUGUAUCUCUUGUACACUUGUGUAAAUGCUGAAUGACAAUAAAUUGAAUCUUGUACUUGCAACACUAGCAUUGUGUACUUUGUUUACAUUAAGCAGUCAGGAGUCGCA